AAACCCUAUGACUUCGGCCAAAGGCAUUAUUGUCAUCGUCACCAUCCAGUUUGGCGAUGAAUUUGAAGCAUUCGAAGACGCUGCGGCGCGAGCGGCCUGUCUAGGUUUUACAAUUAUUGUCCUUAACGAUGUCUCGUUAUGGCUGGCCGGAGCCACAACAUUUACACCCAGUUUAGGCCCGUGUCAGGCCGAGGCAGCGAUCAAGAACAACGAAGACCACCGCUGCUUGAGGAGGUUCGCUCAUCCACAGAGAUCCGCUUGUGGCUGCCACAGAUUCAGAAGGAGAUUGAAGUCUGCCUCCAGCGAGCUCAGGACCCAGCCCAGCCAACAUACCAGGUGGCCGAUUUGCAGCGGCGAGUGCGCCAGCUGCAGGACUACUACCGGGCAUGCCGCUGCAGGCUCCAGGAGCUGGACGAGAGUGAGACCUCCUCCUCCAGCUCCAUUCCCGUCACAAUCACACACCACGUGUCCACCACUGCUGUUGCAGAGGACCUCGGGGAGUCUUUGCAGGAUGACGAGCUGAGCCACUCUUCACAAGUCUCAAGCGAGAGCAUCUGCGGGCAAGUUGUUGCUGCAGCCGCAGUGGCUGUCAGUGGCAGCUUUGAAAGGUGCACCGAGUCUUGCAGUGACUGAAAAGCCACAUCUGGACGUGCAAGCCUGGCAUUCUAUCAAGAGAAAUAUUUUUGUUGUGUGGCGGAAGCAAACAUCUGGUGUCCAUGGUGAG